AUGACAAGUGGACAAGAAACUGGGGUUGAAGAUAUGUUUUCGUUUUUUGAAAAGAAGUAUGCUGCUUUAGAAGAAGUCAAUCAGCCCAUUGCGCCUGAGCAGUUGGCCGUUUUGAAAAACCAGCUUGAUUCCGAGAAACCAGGGGCCACUCCACAAUCACAAUUCAAUUAUGCCUGGGGAUUACUUAAAUCAGUGCUGCGUCAUGAUCAGGAAGCUGGUGUUAAGAUCUUAACUCACUUAUACCACAGCGUUCCAUCUAUGGAGAGAGAAUCAUUGUAUUAUUUGGCGUUGGGGUCUUUCAAAAUUGGCGAAUAUGCAAAAGCCAGAAGCUAUACCAACAAGCUUUUGGGUAAGGAACCCGAGAACACCCAAUUCAAGGCAUUAUCUCUGGCUAUUGAAGAUAAAAUCACUCAAGACGGUGUUAUUGGAAUCGGGGUAGCUGGAGGAAUACUAGCACUUGGGGUUGGUUUGAUUGGUGCAUUGGCUAGAAAAAAACGUUAGGUAUCCGAUAUUCCUAUCCGACAACGACUAAUGAUCUUUAAUUACUCUUUUAUUUUAAUG